AUGGCAACAAUCAAUGCAUCGGUUGCCGAGCCCUCGCGGCAGGUCCUCGCCAGCAUAGAACAUCGCAGAUUGGAAGAUAGGCGAUCGUGGGAUGCCGUCAUGCGAAAGGGAUUCGCUGGAGGUGUAGCAGGGUGUGCUGCUAAAACGGUUGUGGCGCCCUUGGAUCGCAUCAAAAUCCUAUUUCAAACAUCACACUCUCAGUUUAUACACCACGCUACAAGCUGGCGUGGUCUUCUCGGCGCAGCAAGAGAUAUCCGCCAGCUUCAGGGAAUCCGAGCUCUCUUCCAGGGUCAUUCUGCCACAUUACUGCGCGUAUUUCCUUUCUCAGGGACCAACUUCCUCGCCUAUGAGCAGUUCCGAUCGGCAUUAAUAUCGUCUGGAUCGUCCGAGACCCCAUAUCGCAGAUUUAUUGCAGGAAGCCUGGCUGGGGCAGUCUCUACUUUUCUUACAUACCCCCUGGAGUUGAUCCGGGUACGGAUGGCUUGCGAGAUGAGAAACUCUGGGUCGUCAUCUUCCUGGUCAAGGGUCUGCCGAACCAUGUACCGUGGCACUGCUGGUCAGUCCGGUAUUGCUGGUUUCUACCAGGGCCUCGCACCCACGUUAUUGGGUAUUCUUCCAUACUCUGGAUUCUCGUUUCUGGCCCACGACCAAAUCGGCGACUGGCUUCGAUCACCGAUGCUCGCCCCAUACACCACUAUUGCAAGCACGAGAACCAGAGAAAAUGAUACCACGCGCAUUUCAGGGUCGCACAGUUCAAUACGGCUAACAGUAACUGCCCAGCUAUUCUCUGGAGCCAUGGCUGGAUUAGUGGCGCAAACAAUAUCAUAUCCUCUCGAGACGAUUCGGCGCCGGAUGCAGGUUUGCAAUCCUCUCGGUACCAACCGCCGAGUAGCGAUUGCCGAAACUGCCAUAGUAAUAUUUAGAGAGCGAGGAUUAGGCGGGUUCUUUUUUGGGUUGCCCAUUGGCUAUCUUAAAGUUGCACCUAUGAUGGCAACAAGCUUUUUUGUCUAUGAUCGUAUGAGAUGGUAUCUCGGGUUAUACAACAACUAG